GUUAUCGGCGCGUCACGCGCCGUGAUUGUUCAGAAAAGGAAAUCUGAGCUUUUGACCAGGUAAAAUUAUAGUGUUGCGGAUAUACUCUCACUUACUCCAAUCAUCCCCUAAUUUACCGCUCUUUUUAUGUACAUUUCCAGGGGCACUUUCCAAUCUUCAAGUGCUAUUCACAAAUUCUUUUCAAAUGGUCCGGUAUUGAUCGCGCAAACUGCCUCAAGAUACGCGACAUCCGGACCCUCGCACGCCGCGGAACAAACAGCCGUGAUGUUCAAGAAGGCAGUCAAGGACCAUUCAGUGACUUCGGCCAAGCCACUCCAGUCGAACCUUUUGGGAAUCAAUGGAAAUGUGCCGUCCAAUUCUCCGCUUCCGCAGUCGAUUGGUGUGAAGCGCAAAAUCGAGACGAUCACGACCGGCGAAUCUGCACUGGGGUCCCUGCACAGCGCGGUAUAUUUCGACGAGAAUGACUUCGAUGACGACGAUGACUUGGACUUCGAAGCACCGGAUCCGUUUAUCCCCCCUGCUAGAGUUGUGAAACCCAACGUUCAGGCCAGCACCCAGGAACAGUCGUCUUUCGGGUCUGCGAGAUCAAGUGAUGUUCUAGCGCCAUACGACCUCCCGUUACCAACAUUUUCAACCCCAAUCAAGAAUGUCAAGUCCGACAUCAAAUACCCUGACCUGCCUCCCCCCCCUCGUGAUGAGAACCCCGCACCUUCGAGCAGCAUACAAUACUCAUGGUCCUCUUCGCCGCCCUCCCACUUCCAAAAACCAGCCGCUCCUCGAACUGUACCGUGGAAACAAAAGGAGGAAGCCGUUAUCGUGGUAGAUGACGAGCCAAAGAGGCUGCAGACGCCUGUUCGACCUCGUUCAACUGCCCCGUGGAACAAGACAGCUAGUGCGAUCAAGGAGGAGCAAAAGGAACUCCGUCGACAGUACAAGAACCAGAAAGCGCAAACGGGUUCCAGGCAACAUUCGUCCCGUGCUCAAGUGGCGUCGAUAUUCCUUAGCGAUGAGCAACGUCACGUCUUGAAAGCUGUGGUUGAGCAGUCGAAGAGUAUAUUCUUUACCGGUUCUGCGGGAACAGGUAAAUCCGUCUUGAUGCGGGAGAUUAUUAAGAAGCUGCGGGAUAAGUACAGGAAAGAACCGGAUAGGAUUGCAGUCACAGCGUCGACGGGUCUUGCGGCUUGUAAUAUUGAGGGUGUGACUCUCCAUAGUUUCGCGGGGAUCGGGCUGGGCAAAGAGCCCGUUCCGGAGCUUGUCAAAAAGGUCUGCCAAUUUACUCCGCUGUACCUGUGGCCACCUGCUGAAACUUUCUACAGAUCAAGAGAAACCAGAAGGCAAGAAACCGCUGGCUGCGGACCCGAGUACUCGUUGUUGACGAAGUUUCCAUGGUCGACGGAGAUCUAUUCGAUAAGCUUGAGGAAGUUGCCCGACGAAUUCGAAAUAAUGGCCGGCCGUUUGGUGGCAUCCAGCUCGUCGUGACAGGCGAUUUCUUUCAAUUACCGCCAGUCCCAGAGGGACAUAAUCGCGAAGCAAAGUUUUCA